AACGACCAUUUUUUUGUCUGUGUUGGCACACCACAGAAGAAUCGAGUAGUAGGAAAUACUUUUUGGCGUUCAGGUGGGACUGUAUCGUAUUACGUACACAAGGUACUUGCUGCUGUACUUAGCUUUUAUCCUGUGCUCCUUGUGAAGCCGGCACCCGUUUCGGAUGAUUGUACCGACCCUCGUUGGAAGUGGUUUAAGGGUUGUCUUGGCGCGCUGGACGACACACAUAUUAGUGUAUUAGUACCGAAUGAUGACAAACCACGUUACAGAUCGAGGAAAUGGCAGAUAGUAACAAAUGUUUUAGCCGUUUGUGAUCGUCAAAUGCAGUUUGUGUACUUGCUCCCUGGGUGGGAAGGUUCUGCAGGAGACUCCCGCGUCUUGAAAGAUGCAGUUUCCCAUGCUGGUGGGCUUAAAGUACCGCAAGGUUGCUAUUACCUUUGCGAUAAUGCUUACGCAAAUUGCAAUGGGUUCCUCACACCCUUCAAGGCAGUACGCUAUCAUCUCAAGGAGUGGGGUCCUGACACUGAAGCUCCCCAAAACCCGAAAGAAUUAUUCAACAUGCGACAUACCAAAGCGCGCAAUGUGAUUGAACGCGCAUUUGGAGUUUUGAAGAUGCGGUGGGGCAUUCUAAGGAGCGCAUCAUUUUAUCCUAUAAAAACGCAACUCCGUUUAAUCAUGGCAUGUUUCUUACUCCAUAAUUUCAUUCGACGUAAAAUGGAGGUGGAUCCCGUGAAAGUUGAGUUAGACGCAACCAUGGGAAUCGCGAACGCAGAUGAAGAUCACAGUGGUGGGGAUUAUGUCGGUUGUGUUGAGCCGUCAUCUGAGUGGACUCAGUUCAGAGACAGUAUAGCAAUGGACAUGUGGAAUAACAGAUGAAGCAUAAUGAAUCGGAUUUUAACUAAAUGUCUUUGCAUUGAGAUUACAAUGUUCUGUUUUAAUUGACCUUAUUGUACUACUAGUUACAAGACUUUGCUACUGUUUUGAUGAAAUACGUAUGUUGCUCAA